AUGUGUGCUGCCACCGCGCCGGGCACCGGCUCCGCCGAGGAGCUGAAAAGCACGGUGCUGCAGCUGCGGGAAACGGUGCUGCAGCAGAAAGAGACCAUCAUGAACCAGAAGGACACCAUCCGUGAGCUGACGGCCAAGCUGGGCCGGUGCGAGAGCCAGAGCGUGCUGGAGACGAGCCCCGCCGAGAAAGGCGGCGGAGCGGGCAGGAAGGGUGGCUUCUCCAAGAACACCAUGGGCGACCUGUCGCGGUCACCCGCUGCCGAGACCCUCAGCCAGCUCGGACAGACGCUGCAGUCCCUGAAGACCAGGCUGGAGAACCUCGAGCGGUAACAGCCCCGCUCCUGUGCUCGCCCCUUGCAGCAGUUCAGUAGGAUGAACUCCUCCAGCCAGACCAACAACCUGAAGGACAUCCUGCAGAAUAAAAUCGACGACCUGGAGCGGCAGGUGCUGUCGCGGGUGAACAGCUUGGAGGAGGGCAAGUUCAACCCCAAGAACGAGUCCGAGGAGCGCGGCAAGAUCGAGAGCACCCUCACCUCGCUGCACCAGCGCAUCAGCGACCUGGAGAAAGGCCAGAAGGACAACCGGCCCCCAGACAGGUUCCAGCUCACCUUCCCACUGCGCACCAACUACAUGUAUGCCAAGGUGAAGAAGAGUCUGCCCGAGAUGUACGCCUUCAGUGUCUGCAUGUGGAUCAAGUCCAGUGCCUCCCCUGGCAUGGGCACCCCCUUCUCCUAUGCUGUGCCUGGGCAGGCUAAUGAGCUGGUACUCAUUGAGUGGGGCAACAACCCCAUGGAGAUCCUCAUCAAUGACAAGGUGGCCAAACUGCCCUUUGUUAUCAACGAUGGCAAGUGGCACCACAUCUGUGUCACCUGGACCACACGGGACGGUGUGUGGGAAGCCUACCAGGAUGGCACGCAGACUGGCAAUGGCGAGAACUUGGCACCCUACCACCCCAUCAAGCCCCAGGGGGUCCUGGUCCUGGGCCAGGAGCAGGACACACUGGGUGGUGGGUUCGAUGCCACGCAGGCCUUCGUGGGAGAGCUGGCCCACUUCAACAUGUGGGACAGGAAGCUGAGCCCCGGGGAGGUCUACAGCCUGGCCACCUGCAGCUCCAAGGCACUCUCGGGAAAUGUCAUCGCAUGGGCUGAGGCCAACAUCGACAUCUAUGGCGGGGCCACCAAAUGGACUUUUGAGGCCUGUCGCCAGCUCAACUAG